AUCAUGUCCAGGGAUUCCACCGAUUCCUCCUCCUUGACACUGCUCUCCAAUCUCUACACGGAGAUUCAGGGAUCCAGAAGGAACACCACGAAUCGAUGAAGACGAGAUGUGGUCUUUGGCCUCGAUUGAUGGGUUGGAUGCAUCCGCUUGUGCCGAGAAGAUCCGUGCUUGCGGAAACACGAAGGAUUUGCGAGCUGGAAAACGUCUCCACGAGCAAUUCCUGGCGAGCGAGCACACCGGAGACAGGUUCCUGUCGAAUCUUUUCCUGGAAAUGUUUGGAAAGUGUGGCAGUGUGGAUGACGCUCGCCGGGUGUUUGACGGCAUCUCACGCCCCAACGCCUACUCGUGGAACCUGGUCAUCUCAGCAUAUGCCAAGAAUGGGCAUCUUGACGACGCCAAGACCAUGUUUGAGAAGAUGCCCCGUCCCAAUUCCGUCACCUGGAACUGUCUUAUCACGUCGUAUGCAUCGAAUGGGAAUCUGGAGGAUGCUCGAACGCUGUUCGAUGCCAUGCCGGAUCCGACCGUUGUUUCGUGGACCGCUAUCGUGGCUGCAUAUGCCCAAAAAGGGCAUCUCCGUGAGGCUCGGAAGCUCUUCGACAAGAUGCCAGACAGAAACGAGUUCUCCUGGACAGUUAUGAUCACGGCUUACUCUCAAAACCAGGACGUGCGCGAGGCAAAAGCUUUGUUUGAUAAGAUGACUCGGAAAAAUGUAGUUGCGUGGAAUGCCAUGCUCGCCGCGUAUGCCAGCAAUGGCAUUCUGGAGGAAGCCAAGGCGCUCUUUGACAAUAUGCCAGGGAAGGAUGAAGCUUCGUAUAAUGCGUUAGUCACAGCGUAUGCAAAACGAGGAAGUGUUGUCGAGGCAAAGAAUCUCUUUGACCAGAUUCCGAAUCCAAACGUCGUUUCUUGGACUGCCCUGGUAACCGCAUAUGCCCAGAACGGCCAUCUUGCAAGAGCCACGUCAUUGUUUGCUAAAAUGCCAGAGAGGAACACGGUGACUUGCAACGCCAUGCUGGCUGCCUACGCGUCACAUGGGGACAUGGACGCUGCGCGGGAGCUGUACGACCGUAUGGAUGAGAGGGACGCGGUGACGUGGAGCACCAUGAUAAGUGGAUAUGCCAGGGCUUGGGACGUACGAGAGGCCCGCAAAAUCUUUGAUGGAUUGGGGAAGCGCCAGCGCGACGUUACAGCGUGGAAUGCCAUGAUCACUGGCUACGGGCUAAACGGUGACGUGGACGAGGCCAGGCAGCUAUUCGACGAGAUGACGCGGCGGGACGGGGUGACGUGGAAUGCGAUGGUGACCGUGUAUGCCCAGAACGGGCACCUACUGGCCGCAAAAGUCCUUUUUGACAGCAUGCCGUACAAGUCGCUUUUGUCGUGGACCAAUCUGCUUGUGGCGUACGCGGAGAGCGGUCACAUUGAUGAGGCCAGGAGGAUAUUCGAUGGAAUGCCACGCUGGGAUGUGGUGGCCAGGAAUGCGAUGCUGUCGGCAUAUGCCCAGGCGGGGUACGUGGCGGACGCGCGGCGAAUGUUUGACGACAUGCCAAUCAGGAGCGCGGUGACGUGGAACGCAAUGAUUGCGGCGUACGGACAGAACGGGGUGGGCGGCGAGGCCAUUCGUCUCUUCCAGGAGAUGGACGUGGAGGGCAUCCCAGCCGACGAUAUCACCUUUGUGAGCGUGAUCGACGUCUGCGGGAGCGUGGCCGAUUUGCGAGUGGGCGAGCUCGUCCAUGAGGAGGUGGUGGCGAGGGGACUCGAAACCGAGAUGGCUCUGGGCAACGCGCUGGUGACCAUGUACGGCAGGUGUGGAGUGUUGGACACCGCACGGCUGCUAUUUGACGAAAUGGCGGGCAAGGACACGUGGACGUGGAACUCCAUGAUCACGGCAUAUGCCCAGGCUGGUCGCGAGGUCCAAUCGCUGGAGCUGUGGCGAGCCAUGCAGCUCCAGGGCGUCGACGUGGACGAGGUUACAUUCGUUGGGAUCUUGUCCGCGUGUAGUCACGGCGGCAUCUUGGAGCACUGCGGCAUUUGCUACUUUGGCACAAUGCUUGGAGACUAUGGGAUUACGCCAAUUGUGGACCAUUACAUUUGCAUGGUAGACGUGUUAGGGCGAGUAGGCAAGCUGGAUGACGCAGAGAAAACCAUAGAAUUGGUGCCGAAAUAUACGCCAGACACAAAACUGGUGGCUUGGACGACAUUGUUGAAUGGUUGUAGGAUGCACCACGAUUUCAACCGUGGAAUGCGAGUGAUCAAAGAGAUGAUCCAGCUUGACGUAAAUAACGCUUCCCCAUAUGUGAUGCUAUCAAACAUGUAUCUUACUCCAGAUUUUUGUGCCGCCCAAACAUCCACAUCGUGAUUGCCAUGUAUUCGACCAUUGGAUGUGAUAAAAAUCUUUGGAACCGAUCGUGAGCACAUGCCACGUGCCAUUUUUCACCACACCACGUGUCGCGUUUCCAGCGAUGGGGCGGCUUUGUCCACCCAAUGCCACCUCCUACAGGUGUAGUGCCCUGGUUUUUACAGAGUUUUUUAAUCGCCAUAAAAUAUCCUUU